UGCAUGGCUGGCUGCUUCUUGCCAUGUCUUCUCACAAGACUUUCAGAAUCAAGCGAUUCCUGGCCAAGAAACAAAAGCAGAAUGAUCCCAUUCCCCAGUGGAUUCGGAUGAAAACUGGUAAUAAGAUCAGGUACAACUCCAAGAGGAGACACUGGAGAAGAACCAAGCUGGGUCUAUAAGGCGUCACACAUCAUGAAAUGACACACUUAAUUGACACACAUAUUUAAUUACGCUACGUGAAGAUCAUGUGUUCUAUCAU